AUGCUUUGCAAUGUGCGUUUGUAACAAACAUUGCGAUGCCUCCCUGUUUAUCUCGCCUUAGCAACGGACGUGUUUUCACAGUUUGUUAAUAUUCACAGCCUGUUUUUGUGCAAGAUGGCUAGCCUCAAAAUCGGAAAUGAUACGGAAGAUAUGUUUUACGAGAAUCUUUCGUUGGGUUUAGCUAAAGUGCUAAACAAUAUUCCAAGAAUAACGAACGUAACGUUGGAAAAAAGAUUGCCUUGUGAGAAAGCACAAGUUACAGCUUGGGAAUCACGACAUAAUGUGUAUUUGCCUGAUGAUAUGAAACGGUUUUACCUUUCGACGGAUGGAUUUAAUUUCUACUGGAGCUACCAAUAUUCCCCUAACGACAUUCGACGUGUCGGUCACAUACAUUUUCCCCAUCUAAUACAAAUAACACUUGUGAGGGAUAACAUUGAUACUAUAUUAACCGUCAGCCCAAACACGACCCUCACAGUUCCGCCCAUAAUCCGUCAGUCCAACUAUGUUGAUAUGAGUACAGGCCAUCUGGAUCAUCUUAAUUUAAACUCGAGAAGCAAAAUUUUUGAGCUCAGCACGAUUGCGAACCUAGCUAAAGUAUGUCUAGUUUAUGAAACACCUGAAAGCUCUAGUCCUAAAAUUUUUCUGCUUGAAACCAACUCGUUACGGUGGCAAUUUCUUGCCGAAUCAUUCACCGAGUAUUUGCGAAUGAGUAUCGCACAUCUGGGCUUACCGUACUGGGAACUAUGCUUUUCUAGCUGUGGUUUGCCGGCAUGGACUGAGCAGCUAUUUCUACUGCUAGCGCCCCACUUGUUAGAGAAAAAUGAUAACCGUAGAUUGAAGAAUAUUGUGUGCAUCAAUGAAAACCCACCAUACAACGUCCUGGAUCCUGGCGUGUUUCGGACGAAGUUACGGUGCUCGCGUCAAACACAAAAGAUGCGGUUGAACAAUUAG